AUGCCACACUUUAUUUUUUACAAGCAAGUAGUCACUUUUUCUAUACUGCACUUUAUUCUGUAUAUUUUACUGGCUAGAUCUCUACCGGUAUGGCCUGACUGCCCCUACGACGAAUUGGUUACUGGCCGUGGAUCAAUUCGCCACCUGUUUCGCGCUCUUGAUUCCCGCUCCGUCAAGAUUGCGUCAUUUCAUAUACGUGCACUGAUGCCAAAUGCUCCUAUGCUCGAGUCUCCUGAAUCUUAUUGUAGCUGGGUCGAUCUUCAACCUUUCUAUGCUCACCUUCACAUCAACAACGUCCCCUUGAUUCUUGUAGCAUUCAAGCAUAUCGCCUCUCUCGCCAACAGCAUGCCAUUGCGCUUGCUACUGCUGAUCCAUCCUUUCCUGACCUCACCAAAUCUAAAUGGCGCCUUUUCUGGAAAGCCUGUAUCCCUCCAGCAGCUCGAACGAUUUACUGACGUGCCCUUCAUAACAAAGUAUCCUGAUGUCUGGUCUCAGGUUCUUAAGGACUGUCUCCUUGAGUCUGUUUCUGCUGGUACUAUAUCCAAAGCAAUCUUCUCCCUUGACUUUCCAUCAUGGCCUUUACGGCGCUCUUAUCUUUCCACAAUUCAACUUAUUGCUAGUAUCAUGCUGGGUGUCUGGCAUGCAUACUAG